AUGGCGUUUCGAGGCGAUUCGCGCGGUCGUGGUGGAUUUCGAGGUGGUGAUAGAGGAAGAGGAUCGUUCGGUGGAAGAGGCGGAGGUAAAAUCAAGCCUCCGCGCACGACAAUUUCCCUUGAACUGACCAGGGUGGGUUAUGCAGGGCGAGGAGGUUUUCAGCAACAGAGCUUCGGCCCACCCGCACAGGUGCUUGAAAUGGGCGAAUUCAUGCACGCGUCCGAAGGAGAAAUGGUCUGCCAGUCCCUUAACCCCAAGAUUCCCUUCUUCAAUGCGCCGAUAUAUCUCGAGAACAAGAGUACGAUAGGCAAAGUGGAUGAAAUUCUAGGACCCAUAAAUCAAGUUUACUUCACAAUCAAACCACAAGAAGGCAUUCAAGCUACAUCUUUCAAGAAGGGGGACAAAUUCUACAUUGGAGGAGACAAACUGCUACCGCUAGAGAAGUUUUUGCCCAAGCCCAAACCACCUCCAGGUGCAGCCAAAGCCAAGAAACCAGCGGGUGCUCGUGGUAGUGCCAGAGGUGGACGAGGUGCUCCUAGAGGACGAGGGGCACUUGGAAGAGGAGCUCCCAGAGGCAGAGGAUCUUUUGGUGGUGGUGCUCGAGGUGCUCCUAGAGGAGGAGGGCGUGGGAGAAGUUUCUCUGCCGGACAAGGAGGUCCGAGAGGCAGUGGCUUUGGAACAAGAGGUGGCGGCAGGUCCUGA